GGCUCAAGAGUCAGUGACGGCGUGUUACAUAAGGCGGAAUAAUGCAGCAGAGCCUCAUGACUAGUGUCUCGGUGGUGCUGGGACUGCUCGGUCCUUCUGGUCCCAGCUGACAGAUUCUGAAAUGGACUAUGAGAGGCCAAACGUUGAAACUAUCAAGUGUGUGGUGGUGGGAGACAAUGCAGUCGGGAAGACCCGUCUGAUCUGCGCCCGGGCCUGCAACGCCACGCUGACCCAGUACCAGUUGCUCGCCACACAUGUGCCCACGGUCUGGGCGAUCGACCAGUACAGAGUGUGCCAGGAGGUAUUGGAGCGCUCCAGAGAUGUGGUGGAUGAUGUCAGCGUGUCCCUUCGUCUCUGGGACACUUUUGGAGACCACCAUAAGGACCGGCGCUUUGCAUACGGCAGGUCUGAUGUGGUGGUGCUGUGCUUCUCCAUCGCCAACCCCAACUCUCUGUACCAUGUGAAGACCAUGUGGUACCCUGAGAUCAAGCACUUCUGCCCCCGCGCUCCUGUCAUCUUGGUGGGCUGUCAGCUGGACCUGCGCUAUGCAGACCUGGAGGCAGUGAACAGGGCUCGGAGGCCUCUAGCUAGACCGAUUAAAUCUAAUGAGAUUCUUCCUCCAGAGAGAGGCCGGGAAGUGGCCAAAGAGUUGGGGGUGCCAUAUUAUGAAACCAGUGUUGUUGCUCAAUUUGGAGUCAAGGAUGUCUUUGAUAAUGCCAUCCGAGCUGCGUUGAUCUCACGCCGACACCUGCAGUUUUGGAAAUCUCAUCUCAGAAAUGUCCAGCGGCCUCUCCUUCAGGCGCCCUUCCUGCCCCCGAAACCUCCCCCACCAAUAAUCACUGUGCCUCCUCCGCCAACCACCACGGAGGAGCAUCCAGUCGGUCUCCUGGAGGACCCGCACUGUGCCGACGUCAUCCUGGUGCUGCAGGAGCGACAGAAAAUCUUUGCACACAAGAUAUACUUGGCGACUUCCUCUUCAAAGUUCUACGACCUCUUCAUCAUGGACACGCGCAACGAAGAGACUGAAAGGCCGUCUCGGGGCCCUCUCUCCGGCAGGGAGCUGCUGAUGCGCGCUGCUAGCUUCGAUGUUUGCGAAAGCAGCGACGACGGGGACAGGGCCAACCUGAGGGCCUGCACUAGUGACGGGACUCUGAAAGACUCUGAGGGGGCCCGACGGGGCAGAGUGCUGUCCUCGUGGAGCCGAGCCUUCAUCAGCAUCCAGGAGGAGGUGGUAGAUGACCCAGUCACGUACAGCCCCAGGCCCAUCACUGUCGUGCACAUGGACCAGUCCAUGCAGCUCGGGCCUUUCCGAUCAGUGCUUCGCUACCUGUACACGGGUCAGCUGGACGAGAAUGAGAAAGAGUUAAUGCACAUCGCGCACAUUGCCGAGCUGCUGGAGGUCUUUGACCUGCGCAUGAUGGUGGCAAACGUGCUUAAUAAUGAAGCCUUCAUGAACCAAGAAAUCACCAAAGCCUUCCAUGUACGGCGCACGAACCGAGUCAAAGAAUGCUUGGCCAAGGGCACGUUUUCUGAUGUAGUAUUCAAGCUAGAUGACGGCACCAUCAUGGCCCACAAGCCUUUACUCAUCUCGAGUUGUGAUUGGAUGGCAGCUAUGUUUGGUGGGCCUUUUGUGGAGAGCUGCACCAAAGAGGUGCUGUUUCCAAACACAACUCGCAGCUGUAUGAGGGCUGUGCUAGAAUAUCUCUACACGGGGCGGUUUUGUUCUCGGUCUGAUCUGGAUGCAAUGGAGCUUAUUGUCCUUGCCAAUCGUCUGUGCCUCCCCCAUCUGGUUGCACUUACAGAGCUCUACACAGUAACAGUGUUGACGGAGGCAGCGAUGAUGGGGGCCGACAUUGAUGGAGACGUGCUGGUGUACUUGGACAUGGCUCAGUUCCACGGCGCCCAGCAGCUCACUGGCUGGUGUCUUCACCACAUCUGCACCAACUACAACAGUGUCUGCCGCAAGUUCCCCAGAGAGAUGAAGGCCAAAUCUACAGAGAACCAAGAAUACUUUGAGAAACACCGCUGGCCACCUGUGUGGUAUCUGAAAGAGGAUGACCACUACCAAAGAGCACGCAAAGAGCGCGACAAGGAGGACUACCUGUACCAGAGACGGCAAUGUAAACGCAAGUGGCUCUUCUGGAACAUUCCUUCCUCCCCUAACUCAAACUCUCCUUCUUCUGGCUCGUCCGCUGUCAUCUGACCCAGCGGUGAGGCCAGGUCCACGCUGAUGUACUUCAGCGUGGAUGCGAGUUGUUAAAGAUACAAAAGAAGGUUAACACUGCUGGCUAGGAACGCCCCGAUUAUUCAGGCACACAGUCUCUCUCUCGUCCUGUUUGUUUGCCUCUGCAGUCAAACAGCGCUCCUCCAGGUCUGCAAGGUCAGCUCAAUCUGGCGGUUGAAGUAAUGAGUUUUCUUCCUUAGAUUUUUAGCUUGGUGUAGAAGAAAACUCAAACCUCAGUGGUGUGAGCUUCACUUACAAACGGC